AUGAAGAAAGCAGAUAAGGAAUAUGUGGAUAGUGAGUUAGAGAAGAAAGUAGAUAAGGAAUAUGUGGAUGAAAAAGAUAAUGAAAUUAAAGAAAUGGUUGAAUGGUAUCAUGAAUGGACAUCAAAGAUUUUUAAAACUAAAGCUGAUACAGGAUGGGUUUCAGGAUGUUUAGACCUUAAAGCGGAUAAAACUUAUGUUAAUGAUGAGUUAGAGAAGAAAGCAGAUAAGGAAUAUGUGGAUAGUGAGUUAGAGAAGAAAGUAGAUAAGGAAUAUGUGGAUGAAAAAGAUAAUGAAAUUAAAGAAAUGGUUGAAUGGUAUCAUGAAUGGACAUCAAAGAUUUUUAAAACUAAAGCUGAUACAGGAUGGGUUUCAGGAUGUUUAGACCUUAAAGCGGAUAAAACUUAUGUGAAUGAAAAUUAUGCAAAGAAGUCGGAAGUAAAUGAUGUGAUUACAAGCAUGAAAAAUGAAAUACUUCAAACAUUAUAUCCUGUUGGUUCUAUUUAUACAUCAAUGAACUCAACAAAUCCAGAAACAGUUCUGGGUUUUGGUGAAUGGAAGCAGAUUGUAGAUAAAUUCUUAUACUGUGCUAGAUAUUCAAAGACGGCAGGAGGUUCGAAGAAAAUUAAAGAAGCAAACCUUCCACCGCACACUCAUACAGGAACUACAAACACAACAGGUAGUCAUUCACAUUCAAUAACAAAAAGAGGUUAUACAAAUCUUGCAGCAGGUUCGGAUAGAUGGGGAAUGAAUAGAUAUGAUAUCACAACUGACCCAGUAGAUUCAAGCACAGGUAUUUUCUGUGGAACCGCAGGUAAUCAUUCACACACUUUCACAACAAAUCCAACAGGCUUGGGUAAAGAUUACAUGCCACCAUUUAUGACUGUAUUCGCAUGGUACCGCGUUCAUUGA